AAUUUGAUAAAAGUCUACUGCUCCAGCCACCGCCUCCACGAGGCCUUCAAGCAGGAGCACCGAAUCCACCGCCGCCCAAACAUCGUCAAACUCCUCGCCUACGCAGACGACGACCAUCAACCCGCCCUAAUCAUGGAAUUCGUCCCCAACGGCACCUUACACCACAAGCUCCACGAUUCCAAAACCACUCCCCUCACGUGGACCCAACGCGUCGCGGUGGCAUUCCAGCUCGCCUCAGCAAUCGCGUACCUCCACGACGCCUGCUCCCCUCACGUCGUCCACGCCCACAUCAAACCCUCCAACGUCCUCCUCGACGACGACCUCAAUUGCAAGCUCUGCGAUUUCGGAUCGGCCAGCGUCGGAUUCUCCGCCGCGGUGGCGCCGGGGAGGAACGAUGUUUACAGCUUCGGAGUUGUGGUUUUGGAGCUGAUUACUGGAAUUGAGGCGUUCUACCCCUCCACCGGAGAGAGGCUGGCGGCGAAGGCGGCGAGGAACGCGGCGGAGAUGGUGGAUCCGAGGCUGUUAGGAGGGGAGGAUAUGGGAGAAGUUGGAGAUUUGAUGCUCAAUUUCCCAUAGUGGUGGAGAUUGGAGAUUGGAGACGACAGUGCGCCUUCUAUACCCAUCUAAUUAUUUUUAGAAUUCUUGUUGGGAUCAACCGAUCAAGCAAAUGCAGAGCAAAAUCUUUUUAAGUUGAGUCGAAUGUGUAAAAAUGAUUUCUUCACACCAAUUUUCAAUGUCUUGUCGGGAAUAGCUUUUCAUGAUAUAUGUCAUUCUUCAACAUAUUUGUUUAUUA